GCCUCCUGGUAUGGCGGCUCCGGCCAAGCGCGCGCGGGCGAGGUCGCCGGUCACCGCGGCCUCCCCGGUCCUGAGAGCCGCCCCCGCGCCCCUGCCGCUCCCGAAUCCCGGGCGCGGCCACGUCAUUUGCUUCUCCCCGCUGGCGGUGGGACCCAGCGGGGGCGAGCCCGACGGCGAUGCGGUGGCCGGCUUCCUGCGCUGGUGCGCGGGAGUGGGGCUGGAGCUGAGUCCCAAGGUGGCGGUGAGCCGGCAGGGCACGGUGGCCGGCUAUGGCAUGGUGGCGCGGGAGAGUGUGCAGCCGGGGGAGCUGCUGUUCGCAGUGCCGCGCUCGGUGCUUCUGUCUCCCCACACCUGUUCCAUCAGCGGCCUGCUGGAGCGAGAGCGAGACACGCUGCAGAGCUUGUCGGGAUGGGUGCCGCUUCUACUGGCGCUGCUCCACGAGCUGCAAGCCCCAGCCUCACCCUGGAGCCCCUACUUCGCGCUCUGGCCAGAGCUGGGGCGUUUGGAGCAUCCCAUGUUUUGGACAGAGGAGGAGCGGCUGCGCCUCCUAAAGGGUACAGGUGUCCCAGAGGCCGUGGAGAAGGACUUGGUGAACAUCCGCAGUGAAUACUAUUCCAUCGUCCUGCCCUUCAUGGAGGCUCACUCCGAUUUCUUCAGCCCCACUGUUCGCUCUCUGGAUCUCUAUCGCCAGCUUGUGGCCCUUGUAAUGGCUUAUAGCUUCCAAGAACCGCUGGAGGAAGAGGAUGAUGAAAAGGAGCCCAACUCCCCCUUGAUGGUGCCUGCUGCAGACAUACUAAACCAUAUAGCCAACCACAAUGCCAAUCUAGAGUACUCUGCAGAUUAUCUCCGGAUGGUAGCUACUCAGCCCAUUCCGAAAGGUCAUGAGGUUUUCAACACAUAUGGGCAGAUGGCUAAUUGGCAACUGAUUCAUAUGUAUGGCUUUGCUGAGCCCUAUCCCAACAACACAGACGACACAGCUGACAUUCAGAUGGUGACAGUCCGAGACGCUGCACUGCAGGGAGCAAAGGAUGAAGCUGAAAGGCAGCUCUUGUGUGAACGCUGGGAUUUCCUGUGCACACUGGAGAUGGUAGGGGAAGAGGGAGCCUUUGUGAUUGGUCGUGAGGAGGUGUUGACUGAAGAGGAACUAGCCACCACACUCAAGGUGCUGUGCAUGCCUGCCGAGGAGUUCAAAGGCUAUAAAGUCCAGGCUGGACGGGGAGAGCAAGAAAGGGAACAGGACAGUUUGAAAAUCACAAACAUCCCCAAGCUCCAAGUAGCAUGGAGACGGCUUCUUCGAGACAGUGUUCUGUUGACUCUACAGACCUAUGCCACAGACUUAAAAACUGAUCAAGAUUUACUUAGUAAUAAGGAGGUCUACGCCAAGCUCAGCUGGCGGGAACAGCAAGCCUUACAAGUCCGCUAUGGUCAAAAGAUGAUCUUACACCAGUUGUUGGAACUCACAAAUGAGCAGCUUCCCUGAAUGACCAGCAGCGAGAACCUUUUAAGCUUGUGUUUUGUUGCCUGUAAAAGUAGCUGAAGGUAAACUAGGAUUAAUCCAAGGCAAGAGUUACAUGUUGACAUUUUAGGAUUGAGAUUAGCGCAUUUGGGACUCGCUGCCAAUUGUUAAGAACAUUCUAUUUUUAUUGUCUUCGGAUUUUUAAUAAAAUUUAAUAAAUAUGAAUUGAGCUCAACUUUGAGAAGUUCAACCUUUUUAAAGUCAUUUCCUGUAGAGAACUGAAGCAUAGCAGGUGGCUCUGCUGCACUUUCAGUCUGCUCAGCAGUCUCAAGUUGGUUCUCAGUGUCACAAAAGGACAUCCAAGCUUCAUUCAGCAAGGUAAAUUAUAAGUGUUUGUUUCAAACACUACUUAUUCAUACCAAAAAGCCUAAACCUAAACUGAAUUCGUUUAACUGCAGAUUUUCUUGCUUCAACAAUUUCUCCCUGUUGAAACAGAAAAGGUAUGCAAAAGUUUCCUUAGGCAUGGUUAUAGUAGUAAUCCCAGUCUCCAGGAAGAUGAGGUCAGAGAUGGAUAAUCUGGUCUGCAAAGCAGUAGGGACCUUGACUCUAAAAAAAACUAUAAGUAGUAUCGGGAAGAUUUGAUCAUUCAGCAAGAAGUGAUUGUUAUUUCCUGGGAGACUGGGCUAUCUACUUUGUCCUCACCAGCACCGGCGGCGGCUGCUACUGAGAAAGGCAGUGGACUGCUAUGCACGCCAUGACUUUAUGGUUAGGGUCUUUACACGUACAAGAAAGCUGAGCUAGGGCCCAGGAACUACAAAGGCUACAAAACAGAACAUGGACAACAUGGACCUGUUCUCCUCAGAACACUUAAAAGAUCCUUACAAAAACCAAAUGCAUUAGUCCAUCUGACUCUUGUUAUUUAACUAAGCAUGGUGACAGGAAGCCCGACGAGAGGUGGUUUCCUCUUCAGCUAUGUUCUCCCUUAGGACCAAAAAGCAGGCCCAGCUUCCCUGAAGGCAAACAAAUCCCAUGGAUCAACUGUGGACCGUCCUGUGUUCUCAGGCUAUUAGAGUCUACCAUGCCUAUAUUUUUUAAUGACUUUAAGUUCUUUUUC